UGGCCGUGGAGCCUGGAGGCAAGUCACUUGGACGCAGUCGCGUCCGGCCUCGAAGAAAACGAGGCGUAACCCCGAGCGCCGCUUUAGCCGCCGUUUCCGCUUCCGCAUCUCUUGGCUCCGCCGAUGGCCGGCGGCGACGAGGGGACGCCAGUGAACUUCCCCACGCGGAGGAAGGCCCGUCCCCCUCAAGGAUCGGUUUAUGAGAGGCCUUUGGAACGCCAAAAGGAGGGAGCAUGCACAUUAUCUCCGUCAGUUAGCAACAACAAAUCACCGCCACAAUUGGUUGCACCGGUUCAACUACCGAAACCUCUGCACUCCAUAAGCGGUCCAUCUAGUUCUGGAUCUGUGGGGUCUGAUUCAGGAGCUGCCCCAUUUGAUAUAUGUAUGCAUGAUAACAAAUGCUCUGUCAAGUUAAAUCGUUCUUUACUCGAGAUCAACAGAGAGAAAAGACGAGAGAACAUGCUUUCCAAAGAUGUACCUCCACUGCAGCAUUUGAGACCUGGGAUGGUUCUGUUGAAUAAAUUCUUAAAGCCUAAUGAUCAGGUUAAAAUUGUCAAACUUUGCCAGCAGCUUGGUGUUGGUGCAGGAGGAUUUUAUAGACCUAGCUAUAGAGAUGGGGCUAAGUUAAAUCUGUGGAUGAUGUGCUUAGGGAUGAACUGGGAUCCAGAUUCACGCUCGUAUGGGGAUAAACGUCCAUUUGAUGGUGCUCAACCACCAAACAUACCAGAAGAAUUCAGGAAGUUCGUUCAAGAUGCCAUUCAAGCUUCCCAUCAAUUCUUGGAACAAGGUAGGGGAGCUGCCAAUGCUGAGGAAGAACUUCCUCCGAUGUCACCAGAUAUCUGCCUUGUUAACUUCUACAACAGUAGUGGGAGGUUAGGUCUUCAUCAGGACAAAGAUGAAACGAGAACCAGUCUUGUCAAGGGAUUGCCUGUCGUUUCUUUUUCGUUAGGCGAAACUGCAGAAUUCUUGUAUGGUGAUGUAAGAGACGUGGACAAGGUUUCAAAGGUUGAUCUUGAAUCUGGCGAUGUUCUAAUAUUUGGUGGUACAUCAAGGCUCAUAUUCCACGGGGUUUCCAACGUCAAACCCAAAACUGCACCGAAGUGGCUGACAGAUGAGACAAGUCUUCGACCUGGGCGCCUGAAUCUCACAUUCAGGCAGUAUUAGACAAUUAGUACGCUCGUUCGGUGCCUCCUCGAAAGCUACUUACUAUCUGUUGUUUUGCAGUAUGUCUCCUUUGGCUAUGCAAAUAGAUUCUGUGUAGUAACUAUAAAUCACGACUUCACUGCUACUCGCUUGAAUGUUUGUUGCAUGGUCAAUCUUUUGCCUUCAUCAUGCAGGUGAAUAUAUGGGAAGAGAGACCAUUUUCAGACAA